GCCAGAUGGUGGCUCGAGCUAAUCUCUUUAGCACCGCGCGCGCAGCACGUUCUGAAUGAGUGAGCUUCAGGCACAGAGAGAGAGAAAGAAGAGAGGAGAACGAGGGGAGCUUUGUCAAGUUGAGUUGUGUGUGGAUUGUGAACAGCGACAACAACUCCAGUCAUGUUUGCAGAGGAUUAUUGUUGGUGCUGCGUCUGCGAUGGCUGCUGCUGACCCACAGGUGUGUGGACACAAACCAGGUGAUGGCGUGUUUUUCAUGCCACAGCAACAAGUUGUGUGUCUGUGAUGUGGAUAGAGAGCAACAGAUUGUGAAAUCCUACCUAUCAUGUGAAGGCUUUGGUUGUGGUGUGUGUGUGUGGUACAGUGUAACAGGGAGCUAAACUUUGUAGAUAAAAAUGUCCCUGUAACCCUGGAACCAUGACAGUCAUCACUUAUUCAAGAACUCCUGGAGGAUUUUCAAAAGAAAUCUAGGUUCUUGAAAAUCACUUCGCUCCCCACCAGGAAUGUUCCAGAAUACCUAUCCAUGAUUCAAGACCCUUUGACCAUGCUGGAAACCUCAGAGAAUCUGGUUUUAGAGUCUUGUCUCAUCAAAGAGCAGGGAUGGAUGACGGGAAAGGCAGAGCGGGAAGCCAGCGGAGGAGGGAAGAGAGUGACAUUGCAUAAGAAGAGGCGAACGUGGGGCAGGGGGAUAACGAAGAGAGGUGGUAGAGACGAGAGCGGGGAUAUUAGAAAACAUUCGAACGAAAGAGGUAAAACUGGGAUGAAAGAAAAGGACGAGGAGAAGCCAGACGUGACCGGGAUUCAGUUCGCCACAGACGCAUGUGAUUUUAAAAUUAUGAGGGACAGGAAGAGCUGGCCCAACUUUCUGUGGAUGUUCCUCCUGAGAAGGUUUACAGAAGAACAGGCCAAGAGAGAGGGACGUGUCACCAGGAUGAGGUGGUUCCUCUGCGCGCUGCUCCUCUUCCUCAGCCUGUGUCUAACACCUGCUUCAUCACAGGGACAUUUCCCACAGAUGGAGAACAUCGCCGCUUUCAAACCCGUGUUCACGUCUCCGCCUCGAUUCACCUGUGGCGUUCCAGAGCGCAGCAGUUACUGCCAGUCACCUUCCUCCCACGCUGAGCUCCUGACGUGUUAUCAGGCCUUCUGCAUCCAGGAGUGCCCUCAUAGAUCCUCCACACCUCCGUACGCCUCACUGCUGCUCCCCUCACACAGGGCUCCCUGUGUAAUUGACGACAGUAACGACACUCCUCCCGGGACGCCAACAGAGACUGGACCUGCUAUUGAUUCAGAGCCGGUUCCUGGCAGCAUUUUGUUUCAGCCGGCCCAAAAUGGAUGUCUGGUCUCUCCCCCUUCACAAAGACUGGGAGCGUUGGGUUCACUCACCCUGGUGUUGUGGAUAAAACCAAGCCUUCCAGGAGAGAUGAUGCUGCUGGAGAAGAGCGCAGGAGAGCAGCUGAUCUUUUGUGUGACGGUGUCUGAGCAGGCUGUCACUCUACGACACGGUGAGCCCAGAGGUGGGACAACGCAGACCGUCCGCUUCAGAACGGAGGGCAGACUUGCACUGGAGAGAUGGACGCACCUUGUUUUACAGGUCCACGACAGACGUGUCAGUCUUUUCCUGAAUGGGCUGGAGGAGGAUGGGACACCGUUUGGCACACAAUCUCUGAGCGCCAGACUCUUUGACAUCAUCGAGGAUGGAGCCAUGUGGGUGGGACUAAGCUCUAACGGCUCCAAUCAGUUUAUUGGGUGGAUGCAGGACUUUAGAUUUUAUCCUGCCACUCUGACCAACAGGGAAGUAGUGGAGUUGUAUUCAGGAGUCCUGCCUGAACUUCAUGCCCAGCCAGAGUGUCGCUGUCCUCCCAGUCACCCCCGGGUUCACCCUUUAGUUGAGAGGUAUUGCAUUCCUAACGCUGUUGAGGACACCACCAAUGACCGAGUGUUGAGACUGAACCUCAAUGCUCAUGCACUCAGUUAUGUCAAUGAUCAGGACAUGGGCACGGCGUGGCUUUCUAAGGUCAUGACAACACAGGAACUGGAUGAAGGAGUCACAGUUACUGUAGAUUUGGCCAAUGGACAAUACCAGGUUUUCUAUGUCAUAGUUAAGUUUGCAGGCCUCCUGCCUGAAUCAGUUCUCAUCCAAAGGCGGAGGAUUGACCUCACAGAGCCUGAAAAUGAAAGCACCAAAGAACAACCCUGGUUAGACUGGCAAUACAUGGCCAGAAACUGCAGUGUGUUUGAGAUGAGGAACAACAGCCCCUUACUGACGCCAGACUCAGUCAACUGUCUGCAGCUACCCAGUGACGUGCCCUUCUCAGGUGGAAACGUCACAUUCAGCCUGUUGACCCCGCAGCCAAACCUGAGACCGGGCUAUAAUGACUUCUACAACACCCCCGCCCUGCAGAACAUGGUACAGGCCACCCAGGUCAGGAUACACCUGAGUGGACAGUACCACACCAGAGGAGCUGCUGUGAAUCAGCGACACAGAUACUAUGCCGUCAGUGAGCUCACCAUCAGUGGCAGAUGUGAGUGUCACGGCCAUGCAGAUCACUGUGACACCAGCGUUGCACCUUACCGCUGCCUGUGUCUGCCGGAGAGCCACACAGAGGGAAACAAUUGUCAGCGCUGUGCACCCCUCUACAAAGACAAGCCAUUCAGGUCAGGUGACCAGCUCCAGCCCAUGAACUGCCGACCCUGUGUGUGCCACGGCCACGCCCUCUCCUGUCAUUAUGAGGUCCGGUUAGACGACCAACCAGACGAACAUUAUCGAGGAGGAGGAGGCGUCUGUGACAGCUGCAUGCACAACACCACAGGUAACAACUGCGAGCUCUGCAUAAGUGGCUUUUACAGGCUUGAGGAAUCUGAUCCCACGUUAGUUGAUGUGUGCCAGCCAUGUAACUGUCAUACUGCUGGGACAGUCAAUGGCAGCACGGAGUGUGCCCAGGUGGGAGGUCAGUGUCACUGCAAGGCUUCUGUAACAGGCCGUCGCUGCACAGACUGUUUGCCUGGCUGGUACGCUCUUAAAGCCUCAAACCCAAAUGGCUGCAUCCGCUGCAACUGUAGUGACGUCGGCAUCAGCGAUGUCUCGACAGCAGUAGUUCUGAGCUGUAACCAGGACACGGGACAGUGCCGUUGUAAGCCCCAUGUUACAGGUCUUUCCUGUGACCGCUGUGAGUUUGGUUAUUGGAACCUGUCCCACCCAGACGGCUGCGUCCCGUGUGACUGCGACCCUAUGGGUUCCCUCAGCCAGUUCUGUGAGCCUGAGCGGGGGCAGUGUGAGUGCAAGCCUGGGGUGGGGGGCAGGCGCUGUGACUUGUGUGGCAGCGGUUUGCACGGAUUGAGGCUGGAGGGCUCCUGUGCUCCCUGCAACUGCUCACAAGAUGGGACAGAGCCCGGAACAGUCUGUGAUCCCCGCACAGGACAGUGUGUGUGUAAGAAACAUGUGACAGGUCAUCGCUGUGACUUGUGUCGCUAUGGUUACCACACCCUGGAGCAUCGAAACUCUCUGGGAUGUCUGCCGUGUGUGUGUGACAUCAGUGGCACAGUACCGGAGGGUUUGUGCGAUGUGCGGACCGGACAGUGCCCAUGCCGAGACGGGGUGGAGGGAGCACAGUGCACCAACUGUGCCCCCAACUACUACAACAGCAGCAGCUCAGACUUCCAGGAUGGGUUGGUCCAAGGAUGUGUACCGUGUCAAUGUGACCCCAGAGGAACAAUAGCAGGAACUGUCUGUGAGAGCACUACAGGGCAAUGUGUUUGUGUCCCUACACGCUACGGACAGGACUGCAGUAGCUGCCGACCUGGCUUCUACCUCUCUCCAGAUCAGAGCGUGUGUGCAGAGUGUGACUGUCAUCCCAUGGGAGCGUUGAUGCGCAUUUGCGAGAUCCCGACGGGUCAGUGCGCGUGUGCCCAUCCCUCGGUGGCCGGCCGUCGCUGUGACCACUGUCAGGAGAUGUUCUACGCGUUCAACCCCGGCCUGGGCAGAUGCCAGCCUUGUGCAUGUGACCCAGUGGGCAGUGUCAAUCGCUCCUGUCAUGCAGACUCAGGCCAGUGUGUGUGUAAACUGCUGGUAACUGGAGACAAGUGUGAUGUUUGUCAGCCUGGAGCGAGUCACUUGGACCCUCAGAACCACUUUGGCUGCAGUAAAGCUCCCUCUCAGCAGCCUGCACCAGUAGGUUUUGCUGUCAGUUAUUCUUCAAUCCAGUUUACCUGGAAUCCUCCCGACUCCCCGAAUUCAAACAGACUCAACUACACUCUCAUCAGAGAUGGACAAUCGGUGCAUAGCGUCCAACGUCACUAUCCUUUCAUCCCUGAAACAUUCGAAGACACCGGUUUGCUUCCCUACACCAACUACUCUUAUUGGCUGAUAACAGCUACUGUAGCUGGUGAAACAACCAGCACACCAGCCUUCUACCAAACCUUCAGUGCACCACCUGAAGCUGACCAGCUCCAUUUAAGCCUUGUUGGGCGACCGGGUCCAACCACUGCCAGCUUUAACUGGAGCACACCGCGAAAUGACUCCGGCCCAGUGGAAAGGUUUGUGUUAUCCUCUACUGAGUCACCUGGUGCAGAGCCCAUCGUUCACUACACGGGCUCAUCUACAGCGGCUGUGGCAGGUGGACUAAAGCCUUUUACCCAGUACUCCGUAAUAUUGCAGGUUUGCUCUUCUGGGGGUUGUUCUUCUCCUCCACCACUGUUUUUUAUGACAGCCCCCGCCCCCCCACAAAACCAGCCUCCACCCAGAGUCACUGCCACAGGACCGUAUACACUGCAUGUUUCUUGGGAGCCCCCCAGUCAGCCAAAUGGCAUUAUCACAAGGUACGAUGUCUUUCUACGUGGACCAAUGGAAAGUCCUUCCAGUGAGGCAGUUGAGAACAAAGUGUUUUCCAGCUCGGGUUGGCUGGAUUCAAGCGUUCCUCCACAAACACAGAUGACCAACAGGAGCACACUGCCGGCCCCUGAGAGCAGCACAACGAUCGUGGGCCUGCAAGCAUUUUCCACCUAUCAGAUAAGAGUGGAAAGUGUCAACAUGGCAGGAAGAGUCGCAUCAGAGUGGACCACAGCGCACACCACGGAGGGAGUCCCAGAGUUGAUGGCUCCUCCGGCGGUGUCUGCACUGUCAUCCACCAGUAUCAGUGUUUCCUGGAGCUCUGCCGAGAGUGAGGGGGUCAUCGCCAGAGGACGAGUGACACAAUAUCGAGUCAACUUACUCACUGAGCAGACCAAAAAUCCCUACGCUCCUCCGGUGGUCAGUCAGGUCUUGCACCAGGCUGAGCCGUCUUCACCACAUGUAUAUGUAGUGAAAGGACUGAAACCCUUCCACGUGUACAACUUCACUGUUACACUCUGCACAAAAAAAGGUUGUGUUACCAGUCUGCCAAGCACAGGACAGACCCUGCCAGCAGCUCCAACAGGACUAUCUCCACCUCGAUUACAUCCAGUUAAUGAAGCCACCAUGGAGAUAGAUUGGGACCCCCCAGGCCAACUCAAUGGACCAUACCCGAUAUAUCAGGUGGAGAGGACAGACGUCUCUCUCUCCGACCCACAGGUCCCUGUGGUCAGAGGAACCCGAUUCCUGGGAAACGGUUACUGCCGGUUUCCGAGUGACGUUCUUCCUGUCAAUAGUGACUUUACAGGUGUUGAGUUGAGUUUUAGAACUCGUUCUCCAGAUGGCUUGCUGUUCUGUGCGUUCUCUCCCGGAAAUCAGGAAGAGUUCCUGGCAAUUCACAUCAAAAAUGGACGCCCCUACUUUUUGUUUGACCCACAGGGCUCAGCGGUGGCUGUGAGUGUGCAGGGUGACGGAGGGCGACUCUACAAUGAUGGACAGUGGCACAGCAUCGUAGCAACAAGGCGAGGGGCCGUGGGAACAAUCGUUGUGAACAAUCAAUACCAAGGAACCGCGUCGGCAUCCAGCGGCAGCACCAUGAUUGGUGCAAACACAGGGGUGUUUAUUGGGGGUCUGCCCGAGGACUUUACUCUACUGAGAGAGGACACAGGUGAUGCCCGGCUGGUGCGACAGAGUUUCACAGGUUGCCUCAGGGAUGUGAGCUUUAAGAUGAGGGACAGUCCCUCAGAGGAGUGGACAUCUCUAGACUGGGCAAAGGCCACAAAGAAGGAGGCAGUGUAUGAAAACUGGGAGGGAUGUCCGACUCACACUGUGGAUGGAGCCCAUUUUCUUGGUCAUGGUUACUUGGAGCUGGACAGAGAUGCAUUUACUGGAGGACAAGACUUUGACAUUUCUAUGGAUUUCAGAACAGAUCAGUUCAGUGCACUUCUACUAUUUACAUACAACUCACUGACCGAAGACUACAUGCUGGUGGAGUUGGAGGCCGGCCUCCUGUCCUUCCUUCUCUCCUCUGACGGUCAUGUGACUGAACUCAGCAUGUGGGUGGGGCUAAGCUACUGUGAUGGAGACUGGAAGCAGUUGUCAUUGGCAAAACGUGGCUCACUUAUCUCUGCUUCCGUCAAUGACUGGGCAGAAGAGACGAGGGGGGCUGAAGGAGUCGUGAGGCUGAGAGUGGAUUCACCCUUAUAUUUGGGGGGCGUGCCCAUGGAGCUCACACACCCUGCUCUGGACAGCCGAAGUCACAAGCAUGGCCUUGGAGGUUGCAUAAGGGGUCUCACCAUCCGAAGCGAUGAAACAAACCUACCUGUCAGUCAAAGUGUUCGUCUUUCUGUAGACUCUCACCGUUCUCUCAGAGUUUACCUGGAUGGCUGCCCGACCUCUGAAAGCCGCUACAACUGCAGAGGAAACGAUUCAGUGUUGGUGUACAGUGGAAGAGGGACACAAGCGACUGAUUAUAGUUUACAGCCUUUCACUGAAUACCUGUACAGGUUUGUGGCUUUGGCUGCAGGAGGUUGGACAGCAGGACCUUGGGAGAGAGGACGCAGCCGAGGCCGAGUGCCCAGGUUUGUUCCACCUCCUACGAGUGUGCAAAGCCUAAACGGUUUCAGUGCCCAGGUGAGCUGGGCGCCACCCACUGGUGACAUCGUGGGGCUGAUUGACAGAUAUGAGGUAAAGGCCUACUACAGUGACCUGCCAGAUGCAGCACCUAUCAAAGCCACGUAUCUGGCUAAUGGAAAUUUCUCAGGUGUGUUAUCUGGUCUAACACCGUCCACGCGAUACGUCGUCACUGUCAGCGCCUGUAGUCCCGUUGGCUGCACUGAGAGUGCUCCUUACGGUGAUAGUGAUGAUUUAAGAUCGAGCUUUACAACCCUGCAGGAAGCUCCAGACGAUGUUUCACCCGCAGUUGCAGCCUCUUACCCGUCGGCUCUUCAUGUAACCUGGGAACCUCCAGGAAGGCCCAAUGGACGCAUUACAGAGUACCUCCUCUAUCACAACAACCACAUGGUCUACAGGGGCAGAGACAGACAACACAACAUCACUGGUCUUGGCGUGUACACCACUCAUGUACUGCUCCUGAGUGCAUGCACUUCUGUGGGCUGCACCAACAGUUCACAAGUUACAGUGUUGACCUCUCAGCUUCCUCCUGGGCCACUUCAAGCACCAAAACUUACACUGCUAGACUCUCAUACAAUCCUGGUGGAGUGGAUCCGUCCCUCUCAGGUCAAUGGCGUCUUGGAGUUCUACUCCAUCUUCCUGUCACAUGAUGGCGCCCCGCCUGUGCUUGCCCAUAACAGCACAGAGCUCUUUGAAGACUACACGCUUCGCGACCUGACGCCUGGAACAACUUACACCAUCACUGUGGCUGCCUGCACCGGAGGCGGGUGCACGUCGAGCCCUGCCAGCCAGGCCCACACGGAGGAGAGCACCCCAGAAAACGUGCCUGCACCACUGGUCACCCAUUUGUCUCCAUAUGCACUAAACGUUAGCUGGAUGCCUCCUGACACUCCAAAUGGUGUUUUAACCAGCUAUGGCGUGUGGCUGGAUGGCGUUCUCAUUUCAAACGUGUCCUACGUCCAGAGGUUCUUUGUGGUGGACGGCCUCUCUCCAUGGAGCCGACACUUGCUCAGGGUCCAGGCCUGCACUGCACAGGGCUGUGGCAAGGGACCGCUGGUGGAGGUGCGUACAUUAGAGAUGGUCCCAGAAGGCCCUAUACUGCUGGAGCUGACCAAUCAGAGCUCUCGAUCCGUGCGCGCACGCUGGACGGCCCCUCCCAGGCCAAACGGGAACCUCAGAUACACAGUGCACUACAAAAGCUCAGAUGGUGAUGGAGCAGUAGAUGGAAGUACAGCAGUCGGCAGCUGGAUGUCUGUGCCCGACCUGCGGCCUUACACAAACUACAGCUUCUGGAUCAGAGGGUGUAACACACAGGGCUGUGUAGAGAGUCUGCCACUCAAUGUUACAACACCUCCAGCAGCUCCAGACGGGUUAUUACCUCCAUGGUUGACACACUCUGCUACUACCAGUCUGAAUGUGUCCUGGUCCCGUCCUGUGCACGCCAAUGCACCAGGCCCACUCCGCUACAGCCUGCACAUGAGGACAACCCCACAGAGGCCGGUGAUAAGGCUUUUGGAAAAUGUAACGGGCACCUUUUCCUACCGUGUGGACGGCCUGUCACCGUUCACACGCUACAUGUUCAGAGUGGUGGCUUCACACACACACGGGCAGACUGCUGGACCGUGGGCGACCCUGCACACCGCGGAGGAUCGUCCAGGACCAGUGGAAAGCCCAGCUGUAACAGGGAUUCAUCCUAGAAGUGUAGCGCUUACCUGGGCCCCUCCCUUACAACCAAACGGCAUCAUCACCAAUUACACUCUCCAUCUGUGGCCUACUUCCUUCACAUCUGUGGAUUUUAAACCCAGCUCAGUCUCCAGCACAAGCACAACCCUAAACUCCAGCUUAAGUGAUUCACUUGGCAUUCUCAACUCAGGUCAAAGUCUCAAGCCAACAUACAGUCUUACCUCCUCUGACUCAAGCCACAUUUCUACUUUUAACACUGGCAUUAAUGGCAGCUUAAGCGCAAUCAAAGACACGCGACCCAAUCUUAUCCCUAAACCCGGCUCUAGUUUGGAGCCUGUUCUAAUGGAAGAAGGCGAUAUCAAGACGUCUCAUGUAAACAACACAAGCACAGCCUCUGCUUUGCUUUCAUUUCACCCCACUGAAUCCAGCUCCACCAGUGUAAACUCAACCCACAGCCCAUCACUGCCUAGCUCAGACUACAAUACAACCAGAAGCAACAAUGAUCAUUUAUUGAUACAGGACCACGGCCUCAUCUCGAGUUCCUUCAAUGAAGACUCUGAAUUAAGUUCACAUGUGCUGUCAGUCACCGUUCCGGGCAACGUCACUACCUACACUUUACACAACCUGCUGCCGUACCACAACUACAGCCUUCAGGUGGAAGCAUGCACCAGUGUGGGUUGUUCAGUGUCUGGGACGUCUCAGCGCUUCCGUACCCUCCCAGCUCCUCCUGAAGGAGUUCCUGCACCUCACCUUUACUCUGACACUCCCACCUCUGUUCUCCUGUCCUGGGGUGCACCAGAGCAGAGCAACGGACCACUGGAUUGGUGGCUAAUUGAGCGUAGAGUCACUGGGACCGUGCAAGUCUCAACAGUGGGCCAGCUCCUGCCAGAGUCUCCACCUCUUUCUUUCCUGGACUCUUCAUCAGCUCUAAGUCCCUGGACUAGCUACCAGUAUCGAUUUGUGCUGUAUAACCAGGCUGGCAACACAACAGGACCGUGGGUCAGCAUCACAACCAAACCCUCUCGGCCAGCUGGUCUCAGUCCACCAAGGGUGAAGGUCUUGGGACCAGAGUCAUGUCAAGUCACAUGGGCUCCUCCUCUAAUUCCUAAUGGAGAAAUUCAUGGCUACGAAAUCCGCCUCCCAGAACCACGUAUAUUCCAUGAGCAUGACAAUAGCUCUGAGCUCAGCAUCACAGUAACGGACCUAAUUCCGUACACAAACUACAGUGUUACUGUGUUGGCGUGUUCCGAGGGCGGUGGCCAUGUAGGAGGAUGUACGGAGAGUCUGCCUACUCCAGCUGCAAUGUCGCCUGCAAGUCCUCAAGGCCUCUCACCUUUGUCAGUCGUGGCAGUCAGCGAGUCGUUCUUAGCCAUUUCCUGGCAACCACCAAGCAGACCCAAUGGACCCAACAUCAGGUAA